AUGUACAACAAGAUGUCCAGUUUUGAAUCGGCCUCGUCGGACGGUGGUGAUCUUUGUCAACGUGUUUGUGAUCCGGAUCCGUACUAUGAAACCAAUGGUGGCUACUAUACGCAGCUUUACCCAGCAGAUUCACAAAACCCAGGAACGCCGGUGAACGGUCACGGUGGCCACGGCAUCCUACUGGAAGAAGAAGGCUACUGGGGGUCACCGUGCAGCUCGAGUGAAUCGCAACCGGAUCCCACCCACCGGGAUCGCUACUCGACACCGCCACCGCCCCAACCGCUUUCGGCAGCGAUGACCCAAACGGCGCUGGGGCUCGGCGGCAGUACGGGGGGUGUCCUGGUGCGUCCGGGCCUUCGACACAUCCCAUCCGCGACCAUCCAACCGGCCGACCAGUCGUCUUCCUACUCGUCCGUCGCCUCCUGCUCAUCGUCUUCGUCGUCGUCUUCGUCCGCAUCCCCGUCGACGUCUUCGUCACCCUACGGAGGUCAUCCGAACGCCGGCUAUCACCACCAGCCCCGACUUUUGGCACACGAUGGACAGCACCAACCACACCAGCAUCAUCACCACCAGCACCAACAAACGCCACCGUCCAUGUACUGCACGAUGGUUUACGACAAAGGCGCCGCUUACAUCCCUGACGAAGGAUACUACGGCGGAGGGAAUGGAACAUCGCUGGACAUUGUAUCCGGCACUGGUGGCGAAGAUCAUUCGGCGCACCUCCAGGUGACCCCAUCAUCGACCGGAGUGAUCCCCGGCAACGGACUGCCCGUCGUUCGCGUGGUCAAGCGCCGCAACACCGCCAACAAAAAGGAGCGUCGCCGGACGCAGAGCAUCAACUCGGCCUACAGCUCGCUGAGGGAUCGCAUCCCGAACGUGCCGAACGAUACCAAACUAUCCAAGAUUAAAACUCUUCGGCUAGCCAUCUCCUACAUCGCCCAUCUGCUGGCGGUCGUCAACGGAAACCAGGACCCGUCGUGCGACUUCCGAGCGGAAUUGGUGCCCUCGUCGCGCAAGAUCAACGCCGAACGACGCGCCCAGAAGACGCUGAUGCAAAAUCUUUCCACCAACGGAGAUGUCAGCAAUGGCGCACGGAAGGUGAAAGGACGUACCGGAUGGCCGCAGCACGUUUGGGCGCUGGAAACCAAAACUACGAUCAAGUAA